UGUGUUUUAUCAUACCGUAUUUAAGAAAAUUAUUUUAAAUUAAAAUUAAGGUAUAAUCUGCUUUAAAUAUUUUACGUCAACUUAUUAUGAUCGAUAAUUUAUUGACGGAUCCAUGAGUUUGCAACUGAAUACAUACAACUCAAAAUCCUGUUGGCUUUCCCACUGGUAACAAUAUAUAGCAUAGAAGGCUUCAAAGACUGAUUGACCAAAACACCAAGACUCUUUCUUUUUAUUAUCAGAACUCGCAAUGAAAAAAGAUGCCCCAAGACGGUAUAACAGGGAAACCUCCAAAGAGUAAACGGAAGAAGAAUUUGGCUAGAUUACGAAGCAACCCGGAUUCAGAUUUUCAACUGUCGUAUACUCGUGGUGAUGACAGUGAUACAGUAUUGCCUAGUAGUUUCAGGGGUCGUCUCUACGAGUUAUUUGGACAGAUCGAGAAGGAGUUUGAAGCAUUGUACGCAGAAAACCUCACCCUAAAAGAUAAGAUAGAUACUUUGAAUGAACAGUUGGAAAGAGAAGUAAGCAAUCCAAAUGUAGAUAGACCUCAAGGAGGAGAAUACCCUGAAGGUUCUGAACCAGUUUCUGGAAAAACUAGUACCAAGGGAAAGCGAGAAUCAUUGACAGCAAGUCAACUGUCUCAGAAGAUUAAAUCCACUUACAAGCUCAAGGCUUCAACCAGUAAAAUUGUGUCCAGUUUCAAGACACCAACAGUAGCUUGUAGACUGAUUCGUGAAUAUAUUGGUCAUCGAGAUGGGGUUUGGGAGGUCAGCGUUUCGAGAUGUGGUGUUCCAGUUAUAGCUACAGCAUCAGCUGAUCACACAGCAAGGCUAUGGUCAAUUCAGACAGGAGCUUGUCUGCUUCAAUAUCAGGGUCACUCUGGAUCAGUGAAUGCUGCUCGAUUCCAUCCAACGCAAGACCUAGUGGUUACUGCCUCUGGAGAUCAGUCUGCUCACAUUUGGAGAGCUGUAGUCCCUAACAUUGCUGGUGAACAAACAAAGUAUUCUUCUGAGGAGGAAGUAGAGUUGUCUGAAAAAGAAGAUCAUGGACAGGAAGAUGCUGAUGUUCCAGUCAAUUCUACAAUUAUCAAGAAUGCCCUUCAAGAACUGCAUGGGCAUACAGGAGUUGUAAUUUCAGCUGAUUGGCUGGCUGGUGGUGAUCAUGUCACCACUGCUUCUUGGGAUAGAACGGCUAAUGUUUUUGAUGCCCAGACUGGUGAACUAGUAAACCAGUUGGUUGGUCACGACCAAGAUCUGACAAAUAUUAGUGCUCACCCUACUCAAAAGCUUCUAGUAAGCUCAUCUAAAGACACAACAUUUCGUCUUUGGGAUUUCAGGGAAGCCAUCCAUUCUGUAAGCGUAUUUCAGGGACACACAGAAUCAGUAACUACUGCUACUUUCACAAGUGGAGACAAAGUUGUAUCUGGUAGUGAUGACCGGACUGUAAAAGUAUGGGAUUUAAAGAACAUGCGAUCACCUUUAACAACAAUACGAUUAGACUCUCCAGUUAAUAGGUUAGCUGUGUCGAGCCAACAUGUAAUCGCUAUUCCUCAUGAUAACCGUCAUAUUCGACUGUAUGAUGUAACAGGAGCUCGCAUAGCUCGUCUUCCUCGUGGGAACAGACAGGGACAUAGGCGAAUGGUGUGCUCAGUGGCUUGGGCAGAUGAGCAACCUCAGUUACAUUCUAAUCUCUUCACCUGUGGCUUUGACAGAAUGACCUUAGGCUGGCACAUCACAUUACCUACUAAAAAUGAUUCUAAACCAAACGUUUUGAAGCCUAACUAACAUAAUUCCAGAAAAUUAUGUUGCUAGUGCAGAAAUGUAAUGAAGAAAUAAGUUAUACUUGAUAAUUAAUACUAGUCGUAUACAUUCUGCCUGAACAAAGUAGUAUUUGAUGUGGACAGGAAGGUGUUGUCAGUGGAUCUGUUACUGGACUUCAAUGUUAGUUUUAUAUUGUUCAGGCUGACCAAUUAUUUUAUUGUCGUGUUGAAUGAAUAGAAUAGAUCAUUUCAUUAUUUAAUAAUGAUAAUGCAUAACAAUAGCACAAACUUUGUGUCAGCUUUAGCUGUUAUUCCUGUAUUAGAUUAGCUAGAAGUCUUUCAACUUGUUAAUAUUUUAAUUGCAACAAACUAGUAUCUUAUAGAUGUUUUUAUUAGUAAUCAACAGUUACUGUUUAUAGUUUAUUUUGUUUUAAUGUGUGCGAUAAUUUUCAUAGUAUUUAAAACUAAAGAUGUAAGAAUAUUUCUAUAUACCAUUGAUGUUUUUUGAAAAUAUGAGUUAUAUAUAUAUCCUUAGUGAAUAAAUAUUACAAUCUUUAAAAGUCAUCUGGUGAAACAGAAAUUAAAGUGAGAUUGUUUUUACUGGUUAUGGACUAUUUAUGGCUACUUUCAGUGUUUUUUUUUCUCCUGUUGUUAAAAUUGACAAAAUCAUUGGAGGAGAGAGGUGGGGAUGUAUCUUAAAGGUGCCAGUGGCAUGAUAAAUGAACUUAUGAUGAUGGGUAUUUUUCUGUUUUAAAUUGUGAAUAACAUGAGACAUUUGUUACUUAUACUCAGUUCUUAAGUAAUUACAAACAAAGAUUAAUGAAGAAGAAUUUAUUAUACUGGACACUCAUUGAUCAAUCACUACAUAUUGUAUAGUUUUAACAAUCAUUAGAUAUCAUUUCAUUCCUUGCAAAGUUGUGAUGCAACUGAGAACUUGUUGAGUGAACUACUAUAAAACAUACUUUACUUCCUUUUUAAUAGUGGUAUCUUUACUGUCUUUAUUUACUCUAUCUUCCAGUUUGAAUAUACAUUUUAUUAAAUUUGAAAGUUUUGUGACAUUGUAGCAAUAACAGAUAGCUGAAUUGUGAGUGAAUGUAGCUACCCAUAACCAAACUGAGUGAAUCUGUCAAAAAUGAAGGGUGGAUCUGACAUCAGAUAUCCUCUAUGGAAUUAUUAGUAAAUAAAUUGAUAAAUCAACAGAAAAUAAAACAACGUUUGUGAAGAAUUUAUUGGCCAAUUCUACUCUGUCAGCUUGAAUAACAAUUUGCAGUUUAUCUAUGAUGAAUUUAAUUAGUAGAUUAAAACGAUACCCACACAUUUUUUAACACUUGCAUAUAAAUUUUAUCAAAGGAGGAGAACUGUAAAGUAGCCUUAGCAUGCAUCUGUUUUGGAAUUUAGAAGAAAAACGUUUUUUAAAUUGAGAUUGUAUACACUAAUAGUCUGCUAUGGAUAUAAUUAAGGAAAGAGGAAUGAUUGGAGUAAAGUGAAGGCCAGUUUCAUAAUAGGUGGGGAAAAAUAAAAAUUGUGUGUAUAUUUAUUUCCUUGAAUUAAUUACUUUGUUGUGUCCAAGAGAAAUCGAGAAUGAGUCAAUUAUUAACAAUAAUCUCUAGCAAAGAGUAUAAAAAUUGAGAAUAAUGUUGGACAGUUAGUCAUCAUAGCUGAGAACACACACAGUUGUGUAAGAGACAUAAUGUUGUUAUAGGGUACACCACUGUUUGAAACAGUAUUUCACAGUUAAAUGUAAUACUCCAUAUUUUGUCAAUUAGAAUGAAGGUAGCACAUUCCAGAUAUAUCUUGCGUGUUAAAUAGAUAUUCUUUUUCAAAAUAAUAGAGCAAAGUAAUGUAAGCAGCAAAAUGUAAUAUUUUGGCAAUAUCUUUGAGAUUAGAUACUUGGACAGUUACACAUUAGUUAUAUCUUACAAUUAUCUAAAUAUUAUGAAAGAUGUUUUAUCAGGCUCCAAACCUCAAUGUUUGUUAUACCAUUUGUUUAUGUUGUGUAUCAAUACUUUAUUAUAAAUAAUAUUCUGUGGAGGUAAACAUAAAAAUCAUUUGUUGAACUGUACUUUGAAAAAUAUAUUAUUCAUCCAUUAGGUAAUACAUAAUAAUGAUAUUAAGCUGUUGUUCUUCUGCUGAUGAUUUCAGGUAUUUGUUGACAUAUAUAUUUAGUUUUCUGUGACACAAUGAGCUUUACUUAUUUUGGAACAAUUAGUAAUACUGUAAUCAGUAUUUCCCUCCAUAAUAUUUUUUGCUUGUUAUUAGUUAUUAAACCUUUUAAAAGAAAUAACAUAAAAUUAAAACAUUUCUCAUUCUGUGAUGAUCAGGUGAAAAAUAUUAAUCUCAGGAUUUCUUCAGUAUUUGGUAUUCUUCAUUAUCUGCAAUGAAUACAGUCAUCUAUAAUAUCUUUAAGAUAAUAUCUUGACAUAAAGUAACUCGAACUUUGGUUCUGAGAUCCUAACAACAAUCUUUACAAAGUUUGAUUAGUAAGUUGAUUUAUAUAAAAAAAAGCAAAAUUGAAGUGAUAAGUACACCUUUAAAUUUCUGAAAAUGAGGCUAAACAAUGGGGUUAAAGGUGCUAAUUUUUAUGUUGCAACAUCAGUUGUUUAGUUUUAAAUAGUAGAAUAAUUAUAUAGUAAUGUUUCAGUAAACAACGAAGUUAUGACUUUUUUUCAAAAGUUAAAAAAUUGUUGUUCAGUUUUCAAAAUGUGACAAAUAUUUGUUUGAUAAUGUCAUUUGGACCCAAGACCUAAAACACAUAUAAUUUGUACUUAAUGGAAAUAGAUUAAUUUGUUAUGUAACUGAGUCUUGUAUAAACUGUUUAUGCCAAAUGUUUCUAGGUGGUGAUUGUACAUUAAUUCUUUAAGAAAUUGUAGACUUCCACAGUUGUGUUACAGACAUUAAAUUUAAUAAAAACAAAAUUUUCACUCGUA